AGUUUGACGCUCCCGUCCGGAAAAGCAGCGAGUUGCAGCGAAACGUUUCGAAUGAAGGAGGAGGAGAGGAGGAAGGAGGAUGAUGGGAGUGAGUUUUAUCCCAUUUGUGUGACCUAUAUCACAGAGUAGACCCAGAUAAUAUUUAGCCUACUUCUUGCUCCCGAGGGUUUUUUUUUCCGCCAAGAUGUCGGCGUCGGCGAUAUUCAUCCUUGACCUAAAAGGGAAGGUUCUGAUUUGCCGUAAUUACAUGGGAAACAUGGACAUGAAUGAGAUUGACCACUUCAUGCCCAUACUAAUGAAGAGGGAGGAAGAUGCUGAGAUGACACCCCUGGUCAGCCACGGUUCAUCACACUUCCUGUGGAUCAAACACAGCAACCUUUACCUGGUGGCAAUGACUAAGAAGAAUGCUAAUGCUGCUCUUGUGUACUCUUUCCUUUAUAAAAUAGUACAGGUAUUUAAAGAGUACUUUAAGGAGCUUGAGGAGGAAAGUAUACGUGAUAACUUUGUAACGGUGUACGAACUGAUGGAUGAAGUCAUGGACUUUGGGUUUCCCCAGACAACUGAGAGCAAGAUCCUACAAGAGUACAUCACCCAGCAGGGCCAUAAACUGGAGGUCGGGGCACCUCGACCACCUGCCACUGUCACUAAUGCUGUGUCUUGGCGGUCAGAGGGCAUCAAAUACAGGAAAAAUGAAGUCUUUAUGGAUGUUAUAGAGUCAGUAAAUCUUCUGGUGAGUGCCAACGGCAGUGUCCUGCGCAGUGAAAUAGUGGGCAGCAUCAAGCUCAAAGUGGUCCUGUCAGGGAUGCCUGAACUAAGACUGGGUCUCAAUGACAAAGUGCUGUUUGAGAUCACAGGCAGAGAGAAGAGCAAGACAGUGGAGCUGGAGGAUGUGAAGUUUCAUCAGUGUGUCCGUCUGUCACGCUUUGAGAAUGACCGCACCAUCUCUUUCAUCCCACCCGAUGGCGAGAGCGAGCUCAUGUCGUACCGCCUCAACACAACAGUGAAGCCUCUCAUAUGGAUUGAGAGUGUUAUUGAAAAGUUUUCCCACAGCCGUGUGGAGAUCAAAGUAAAGGCUCGAAGUCAGUUUAAAAGUCGGUCUACUGCCAACAAUGUAUCUAUUCUGGUGCCAGUGCCCAGUGACGCUGACUCACCCAAGUUCAAGACCAGCACAGGGAGCGCUAAGUGGGUUCCCGAGAAGAACGUGGUGCAGUGGAACAUCAAAUCCUUCCCUGGGGGUAAGGAGUAUGUGAUGCGAGCGCACUUUGGGCUACCCAGCGUGGAGGGUGAUGAGCUGGAGGCAAAGAGACCAGUCACAGUUAAUUUUGAGAUCCCUUAUUUCACUGUCUCUGGCAUUCAGGUGCGCUAUCUGAAGAUCAUAGAGAAGAGUGGCUACCAGGCGUUGCCAUGGGUGCGCUACAUAACACAAAGUGGAGAUUACCAGCUCCGGACAAACUAAAGGGCACAGAUGCUGCUAGGCAAAUGGAUAUUUUCUCCCUCAGUCUGUCUUCGUCUCCGCUCUCUCCAUUUCUUCAGCUUCCUGUCUACAGCUGACAGCUGAGGACAGGUGCAGGACAUAUGAAGUUUUUUCCCACUGUGAUCGGAAACUGGACAUCAUCCCCUUGUCUGUUACUAAACUCAGACAGGUUAGAGUGUUGAAUCCCUUCUAACCUGAAAUCUCUUUCAACAAUUCCUCCAUAUUUCACUAAAACAUCUUAGAAUAUGAAUAAUGAACUGUGAUAAUAAUGAACACAUCAUCUUCUGUUUUUUCUUCUUUUCUAAUGUCAUAUACAUCCAGCUUUGUUUAUGAUACCUUUUUUUUGUUUGUUUUAGGCAAAACCCAAACAUAUAUAUAGUUUGAAGCAUGAUCUAUCGUCUGACAUGUAAUUCAGCUCAUUAUGUAAUGCCAGCAUACAGUAGCUUUAAAGAGUUAUUGCAGGUUUUUAUAGUUAAAAGCGCAAAAAGUAUUUUAGUUCUUUUAAAUUUUUGAAACUGUGUCAUAGAUUUAUUUUCUUUAAAAACAUAUGUUGCUUCAGGUUGGACCAUAACUAAUUCAAAUCCCUCCGUAUCUCAAAGAAUCAGGGUUUUUAUUCUUUAUAUGCUUAUUUCUUAAUAUCCUCUUCAUCAGUAAGAUCCCUUUUAACUUUUCAUGCUCUCAGUAACACAUUAUGUUGCCAAAACCUUCACAAAAGUUUAGUGCCCUACAAAAUGUCUAUUCACUAUUAGCACUGUGAACAUAAUACCCAGUGCACUGAAACGAAUACCAGCAUCCAGGUCAAUGAUUAAUAAGGCACAUUAUUGUCCGAGGCAUUUACAGUGUAACAUAAUACUUAGACCUGUGGGUCUUGUAACCUUGUCCUUGUUCUCAAAAUCAGCUUAGAGGCAGAGACUUAAGGAAUGGGUAUCGUGCGGAUCUGUUGCUCUCUUUUUUUGGUUAAUGUUUUUAUCUGUUGUUUAGAUUGCACUGGUUACUCUACUAUGGAUAAAAUUUUUGAGGAACUACAAAUAACUUGUGAUUUCUGCAGAACCUGAGAACAUUUACAAUAUGUUGAAGUAACAGUCUCUUUAAGCUUUUUAAUUUGGCUUCUGUAUUUUCUUUGUGCAGCAGUGGUGUACCUUACAAGCCUAAGAUGUGCCCACUUUUAAAACCCUCUGUUACAAUCAUGCCAUUUUCUUAUGUGGAGACCAGUUAAGGCAGCAGUGGGGAUUUUUUAAACGUAUUUUAUCAUGUGUUCUUAUUAAUUUAUCUACUACUGUUUGUCCAUAGAAAAAAAAGGGAUAUAUUUGGAAAUAAACAUUUUUUGUAACUUG